AUGAAACCACAGCAUCUCCUCCUCGUCGUCCUCCCAUAUUUGCCGGCCAUCCUGGCCGUCAAAUACGUGGCCAUCAACGACGCGCAGAGCAGCCCGGGAGGGGCGAGGUUCGAGGCGGAGAUCGGGAUCCCCUACACAUUAGAGAUCAUGAAGGACAUCAACUACUUCAUUUGGGACAUUUUUCAACAAUAUAACGAAUCGGAGAGGAAGGCCGUGGAGCUCGUGAAGGUGUUCAUCCAGCAAUACGACGGCGCGGAGGCCAUCACCUACGGCGAGAACGUGAACGUGAGCGCGCUCUACUUGCAGGGCUACCAAGGGAACCUCAAGUGGGAGUACACCUCUCUCCUCCACCACGAGCUGACGCAUGUGUUCCAGUGGAACGGCGAGGGGCAGGCGCCCGUGGGCCUCGUGGAGGGGAUGGCCGAUUACAUGAUACUCAAAUCCAACUACUAUCCGCCGGCGUUCGCCAAGGCCGGGACGGGGGAUAGGUGGGAUCAGGGCUAUGAUUUCACGGCCAGGUUUUUGGAGUAUUGUGAGGAGCUGAGGUCGGGGUUUGUGGCGGAGUUGAAUAAGAAGAUGAGGCACAGCUUUUCUGAGGAUUUGUUUGUGGAACUCAUGGGGAAGCCGCUGCCGCAGCUGUGGGCGGAGUAUAAGGCCAAGUAUGCACAUUAG